UCUACAGCUCGUAAUGUCAUCCUAAUAAUUGAUAAUGAUGUAUCAUCAAAGCAGAAUUCCGAACGCACCCGUUAACGUUUUUACGUAUCACUAAACGUGUUCACUUGUUAAAAACAAGUCGUUAUUUUCAUGUGUUGCAUGUGUGUAUUUCAACAAAUCCAUCUGUUUAGCAACGAUAGGUCUUACAGUUCAUAGAAAUAGCUAGGUUGUAUAUCUAAUCAUUUCCCGUAAGAAAAAUCUAUAACCAUCGCUUCAUUCCUUUAACACAGAAAAAGCUUUUUGGGAUUUAACAUGACCGAAGGGAACGUAAGACAGUUAUAAUUUUGUGUUCAUGAAUGCGAGCUCGAUUUAUAGAUUUUAUGUUAAAUCAUAUAUCUAACUUAAAACGGAAAUUUGAGGCCGUGUAUCUGUUUUCCGGAUUUGUAAUCAAUUCAUUUAGAUUCCGUAGGUUGAUUUUGAAUAACUAACUGCAGCAGGCGGAACGGUGCUCUAGAACAGUAUAAACAAAUAAAUCAGGAUUUUCAAUCGUGGCAAAUCAGAUUUUCAUGGAAGCUCUGUUUUAAUCAGCUUUUCUUCCUUAUUUUUAUGUUGUACGGACUAUCAAGGGAACUAAUUAAAAUGAGUUAAUUGUAAAAGAUCAGCAAAAUGUACUCAAAAUGUUUAGAGAAAUAAUCCUGGUGGAAUAGCAACAACUAUGGGAGCAGUAUACGACAAAGUUUUAGAUUCAGGUGGUGAUGACAACGAAUUCGAGGUUCAGAUUGUUAGAUACAAGCCAGAAGCUAUCGAUUCAUUGUGUGAGAAGUCAAAAUUUUCCCGUAAAGAACUCCAGAUAAUGUAUAGAGGCUUCAAACAGGAAUGUCCCACUGGCAUUGUUGAUGAGGAUACAUUCAAAGAGAUAUAUUCUCGAUUUUUUCCACAGGGCGAUUCGGAUUCGUAUGCUCAUUAUGUGUUUAACACAUUUGAUCAUGAUGGAAAUGGAACCUUGAGUUUUGAAGAAUUUGUGGUUGGACUGUCAGUGCUAGCCCGAGGAACAAUGACAGAACGAUUAGAAUGGGCUUUCAACCUUUAUGACAUUAACGGGGAUGGAUUAAUAACGAGGGAAGAAAUGUUGAACAUUAUAUCUGCUAUUUAUGAACUAAUGGGAAGAUUCUGUGAACCUUCAGUUUAUGAAAAUACAACACGAGAUCAUGUAGAAAUGGUUUUCAAGAAAAUGGAUUUAAAUAAAGAUGGAGUUAUAUCGUUGGAUGAGUUCAUGGAUAGCUGUCGUAGGGAUGAAAAUAUAACUAAAGGAAUGUCGAUGUUUGACACUGUUCUGUAAUGAAAGAGAAAGUUUUAUCACCUUAUCUUUGGAUGUCACGUGUAAAGAUUGAAAAUAUUUAUAAUGUAGAUGUUUACCCCGUCUACAGAUGUUAUUACUUUUUAUAUAAGACGGAAAGCAUCGUCAUAUAACUUAUCUUUUUAUCAGGAUAUUCAGCACAGGCUUAAAACAGGAUAUACCUUAAACGUCGUUAUGUAUGGGUGUUAUUGAAUGUUAUGUCACAGAAAAAGAUUAUCUGCUGGAUUUGCUAACAUUGUUUAUACAAGACACGUGUUUAAAUCUGCUGAAACGUUAACUAUUAAAAUUUAUUCCAGUAUUUUGCCUAUGAUUGCUGUUAUCAUUUUUAACCUUACGAUUAUGUGUCUUCCUCUAGCCUUUUAUUGUUGUCCAUGAUAAUUGUUUAUUUUGGAUACACAAGUAUGCAUAUAUUCAAGCGUUAUCGGGAUUUGUUUUUAUAACAAAGACGAUCUUUUUUUCAAACUUAAUUAUAUUUAUUAAUUAUUCUAACUUAAAAACCCAAAUAUUUCAAGACAAGUAUUUAAUGCGUAAAUAUACAGCAUUUAAAAUCAUUUUAUUUCUAUUAUUACUUUUUUUGCAUUUUGGAACAAAUGUUCGUUCUAUGAAAUAAAAUUUUGAUCAUUGCAGAGAUAAGAGUUUCCUCUUUUUAAAUAUAUGUCGUGUCAAUAAUAAUUAAGCCUUAGAAACCCGGAUACUUGUAAACCUACUUUAAUAUCUUGAGCAGUUUUAAGCAAAGUAAAAUCUAGUUUCUUAAAAGUUCAAAUUUUACAUGACAUUCAAGUAUUGCCUUAGCUUUAGUCUAUCAGUGAUCAUUUGAGGAUUUUUGCACAAUUAAUAUAUAUCCUUGAAUGUUAUAAAACAUUUUGCUAUUCAAUAAUCAAGUCAGUAUUUUUGUCUUUAUUACAAUAUUAAAAAAAUAAUCGGUGUUUGAUAGGUUCUGAAAUAAUUAAAUGGAUAUGGUCUACCAUAUGAAAAUUAAAUAACUAUUAUACUAAGGCCGUGUUCACAUUGAGCAAAGCUCGGUGUGGUGUAAGUGUACUCAACACUUAAACUAAACUCUAUUACGUUCCCAAUUAAAAAAAAAAAAACAGUGUUUACAUGUAGUUUAAAUCAGGUUUUGAUUAUAUGCAGUUGAUUGUCAAUGUAGGCCUUGUGUGGGUUAAGUGUACAAUAAAACAAGAUAUUGAGAUCGUGGAUUUUAUUAUCAAGAUUUAAAGAAAUAACGUAUAUUGAAUAAAAAUGAUCAUAAUAAUAUUAUGAAUUAAGUUAUUUAGUAAAUAUUUGCUUACGUGUAUGACAAAAGCUAAAAAUUUGCUCAGUUAAAAAAAAUUUCAAUUUAAAUAGUCUUUGUAGACCAUUUGAUUUUCAGUGGGAGGGGUAUUAUUUGCUGAUGGAAUAUUCAUUAUGAGCCUGUUGAUAAUACGGCUUAUUUAUUUAGCGCAAAAUUAUUUCCACUUAAAUACACAACUACUCCUACAUUUUGUAGUACAAAAUAUUUAUUUUCAUCCUGUCUUGGACAAAGUUAUUUUUUACAGUUAGUACCAGUCCAGAAUAUUCAUUUCGAAAAUCACCCCAAGAUUGACUAGGAAAUAGAAAUAUGGUCACUAAUGUUUUCUUCUAAUCGGAAGUAAAACACUUGCCAAAUUUGGGCGUCCGUUUGGUUGUGCGAGCUAUACAGGUACACAGCAAACACGUCUGGCCAGAAUGGGAAUAUUUAAUCCGAUGCCUCGUGAAAAGAGAGUGCAACAACUUUUUGUGCUGUCCUGAAAUUGCACGAAAUAUUUGCAACUGGACGUCAAGAAACAAACAACCAAUCAAUCAAUCAUUUUCAAAAUCUUUUUUUUGUUGAACUUUCAAAGCUCUCCAAAUCAAUAGAACGAUUUUCUUAAGUUACUUACCAUUCAUCUUCGUUGGACAAAACCAUUUUUAUUACUUUAAUAAUAAACAAACAAUUACACCUUACUGACGCAAAAGUUUACAGAGAAAUUUUUAAUUCAAUUCUAUGUAAUGAAAAUGUAAAUAACGUAUAUAUGCAGUUUAUUGAUGUGAAUAAUUCUCAUGUACAGGUAAUUAAAAACCGAUGUACAGAUGAGAACAUAUUUAUUGAGAAACCAGUAUUCAUUACAUGAAACUAAUUGUAAAUAGGUUUACAGUACGCGACGUUUUGUGUGAACACGGCCUUAGCCUUGAACAUUCAAUAUUAGGGAUAACUUUAAAUAAUAAUUAAUGUGGAAUUUGUCAGGUUUAUGUCGUACACGAUAAUAUUAUCAAUUGCUGUUUGACUUAACAAAAAUAAGUUUAUGUUAUAAAGGCAAUUUUAAUAACAUAGCAUGACCAGACGUCGUAUUUUAUUACACACAGUAUAGAAUUGAUAAAGAAAAAAAGUAAACACUUUAAAUUGAAAUGCCAAUUAACCAAUGAUUUAAGGGAUAUGACUCAUUCUUUAAGACGACAAUGUAUAUUUAUGAUGUGUAUUUUUCUCAUUGUAUUUUUAUGUGAAAAAAAUAUUACGUUUUUUAUGGAUCAUAGCCGAAAAGUAAUCAAAGAUCGUUUAAGCUAUCAACUCUAUCGAAUUAAAACAAAAUGAAAGACAUAAAAAAAUGUUACGUAGAUUAUCACUUAUGUUAAAUUGAAAUAACAGUCAAGUUAUUAAAUUAUUUUAUAGAUAUUCAUGCCAAAAGCAUUGUUAUGAGUCGUACUUGUUCUGCAUUUAUAUCAUGUAUCAUUGUGUUAUUAAAUCAUCUAAAUGACAUAUCAAUGGACUAUUGGACAACAACAUAACAUAAGGACGUGACAAACAAUCAUACUCGUUGUCUUUAUUUAAGAAUCGGACAGAUUGAAAAAUAUAAAAACAAGGGAAAAUUUGCUUAGACAGAAGGUAUACACUAUCGGUUAGUAACAUUCUAUACGAUGAAUAAUUAUUCCAAGAGCGUGCCAUUUUUCAUACCUUUUAAGGUAGAUCAUAGGUAUAUAUUUCUCGAGAUAGAAUUUUCUUAUACUUUGCCAAAAUGAAGAUUUUACUAUGCUUUUUUCAAAAAUAUAAUAAAAAGUAUGGGUCACCGUGCUAUUUUCCAAGCUGUGAGUCGUUGAAAAUUGCAUAAAUUUGGUUAGAUUGUUCAUGAAAAAACACAUUUGUGUGCAUAAAAUAAAAUCUAUGAAAUAGAAUUUUGAAAUAAAUUGUGAGAAGAUAGGUUUUAUAAUAUAUUUUAAGAAAAUCAAAAGAAAAAAUGGUGUCACCUUACUUGUUUUCUUGCUACAAGUAAAAAUAAAAAAUUUCCCUAUCAGUCCAGUAUAUAUUUUUUACUUAAAAAGUUAUCUCCCCUUAAAUAGCUUAUUUGAAAAAAUUGAUUCUAAAAACACAAAAUUUGAUAUUUGUUUAAAUAUUUUGAGUUAUACAAUAAAUCACCAAGUUUUCUUUAUAUAAAUAAACAGUCUAACCAAUUAAUUGCAAAUCUGUCUCCAAAUUUGCAGAUUUGGGCAAAUAACUAGACCGAUUUUGUACUGGGAUUGUACAAUUCAAGAUGGCGGUAUACCAUGAAUCUUCCUUAAAGCGUUUAUAAACACACGUGACAAUUUCAACAUCCCAUUUCUCAGCAAUAACAUCAUACCCUCUGAGCAAUCGUAUGGCGUUUACAUAUCUUAAUUGAUACGUUACGCGAGUACAUGUUCACAUUUUAAGGACCGAAUUAACAAGGGUGCUACUUACGCCAAUCUGCUGCAGUAGGUUCACGAGGAAGAAUGACUGAAAUCGACACUUUAUAAGUUUAAGAGUCACCAUCACUAAUUGGUUGAGCGAAACGAUGUGUUGUGCAUCUAAAAGGGGACAUACUUUCGUGACCAUAGAUUUUUAGAAAGAAUAGUCGCCUAAUCUGUAAUUUUACCGAUUGUGUUGUAUUCCCUAUUGUGAAACUUUUUCUGAGUGUAGACUCGCAUGGCGAGUGAUGCAUGCAUAGAGGGAUACGCUUACCCGAAAGGCAAACCCCCGCUCACAUCCUUUUAAAGUUCAUGCGAUUUCCUCAGUUAUUAGUUUUUUUUAUUUUGAUUUGUAUUAUCGACAUGAAUUCACGAGAUUUCAACAUUGGUAAAUUACUAUUGAUUCUAUGUCAUACCGAAUUGAGUAUAAAACCAUUUUGCUGCCAAGAAAAAUACCCCUCAUCUCAUUCAAUAUGUUGUUCAAUAUUCUGUUACUUUACUUCUUUAAAAUUCAAAACUACUUCUGCAAAGUUGAUACAUGCUGGCUUUUCCCUUUAUAACUCUGCAGGUUUGUUGCUAGAAUAUUGUGUUUUUCUUUGACUUUAAACAUAUUUAGCCAAAGAGCGUUCCUGUUGAAGUUUUAUUCAGAUACAACCAAUAUUUCGAACCUCAUAUUUUCCUUAUGUAUCAUUUUAAAUGAAUAAACCUAUUCAUUAUUCUCCAUGUUAGUUAAAAUAGUUGUUUGUAAGUUUUUUAAUACCAUUUUUCAACAUAUGACGUUCGUUAAUACAGUUUAAUAAUUCUUCCAAAAAGGACCAUUUGUUCGUUUUUUUGUUUAAUUGAUAUUAUAUAUUUGCAGUCAUUUAUUAAAGUAACUUUUUAUGUG